AUCGCCAAAGAAAGAGCAUCCCAGGCACUCUCCUCAUUCCUCUACAUUUCUAUUACUUUUUAUCGUCAUGGCUGUCCGUGCUCAAUUCGAAAACAACAACGAGAUUGGCGUGUUUGCCAUGCUCACCAACAGCUACUGCUUGGUCGCCAUCGGUGGUUCCGAGAACUUUUACAGUGUCUUUGAGGCCGAGUUGAAGGAUGUGAUCCCGAUUGUGCACACGAGCAUUGCGGGCACCCGUAUUAUCGGACGUCUCUGCGUCGGUAACCGCCACGGUCUCCUGGUGCCGUCGACGACGACAGAUCAGGAGCUUCAGCAUUUGAGGAAUUCGUUGCCGGAGAAGGUUGCGAUCCAGCGUGUGGAGGAGCGUCUGUCGGCGUUGGGCAACGUGAUCGCCUGUAAUGAUUAUGUGGCCUUGGUUCACCCGGAUAUCGAUCGGGAGACGGAGGAGAUCAUUGCAGAUGUGUUGAAGGUCGAGGUCUUCCGUCAGACGAUCGCGGAUAAUGUCUUGGUCGGAUCUUAUUGUGCAUUGAGCAACCAGGGUGGUCUGGUCCACCCCCGUACGUCUAUUCAGGACCAGGAUGAAUUGUCAACCUUGCUUCAAGUUCCUUUGGUCGCUGGUACAGUGAACCGUGGUUCGGAUGUGAUUGGUGCUGGAUUGUUGGUCAAUGACUGGUGCGCCUUUGCGGGUCUCGACACGACCUCAAUAGAGUUGUCGGUCAUCGAGGGCGUCUUCAAACUCCAGGAUAACGGACCCAGUGCCAUUGUUGAGGAUAUGCGUGAUUCCCUGGUUGACUCGAUGGUGUAAACCCCCACGUUUUGCCCAGGAGGAAGGAAAAUUACUACAGAGACCUAGGAUUGCAUGUAGAUACAUAUCUCAUUUUAAAGUGGAAAGCGGGAGGAACAGCAACAUACAUAAACAUGUCAAAUAAGAAGCGAAAAGC